AUGGAGAACUUGUUCUGCUUGUUUUUCACGACUGAGCUCUUGAUCCGUUUUGACAGGAAGCGCGACUGCUGCAGAGAUUUUUGGUUUGUUUUUGAUUGCGUGAUCAACAUCUACAUGAUUGGUGAAACGUGGAUCCUGUCGCUGAUACUUCUACUCAGUGACAUGACCACAACUGAGGCGUUGUUUGAUGCCUCAGCUCUUCGCAUCAUUCGAAUGGUGAAGAUUCUACGUUUGUCGCGUAUGGCGAAACUGUUGAGAGCAAUCCCGGAGCUGAGCAUAGUGAUCAAAGCAAUCGGAGCAGCAGGACGUUCCAUGUUGGUGAUUGCAGUGUUUUGCUUGAUGGUGGUUUAUGUCUUUGCUUUGACCUUAAAGCAGAUCACGCUGAUUGUGAAUACUGAUCCCACCGACCCCAGCAUCGCUGCUGAUUUCAACUCUGUGCUCUCGGCUAUGAACGCACUUCUGCUGAGGAGCUUGUUUUCAGACAGCGCCGACCUGGUGAACGGCCUAUCUAACUGGCAUCCUGUGUUCUGGCCUUGUAUCAUGCUCUUUGUGCUGAUGACCUCCGUCACCAUGAUGUACAUGCUCAUGGGUGUCAUGGUCAACGUCAUCGACAUCGUGGCGGCCUCGGAGCGCGAGGGCCUGGCAGUCUCCACGGUAGCCUCAUCCCUCCGGCAGGUCAUGAAGAAGCUGGGCAUUUCUACUGAUGGUCCGGUCUCCAAGGAAGCUGUGAACGACCUUCUGAAUGAGGCCGACGUGGUCCACUUCUUGUACAGCAUGGAUGUUGACGUGCUCUCCUUGGUGGAGAUGAUCGAUCAAGUCUUUGAAGAUGUUUUGGAGCGAGAGGGACGGCCACUGGAGUUUGGAGACCUGGUGGAGACGAUCAUGAACAUGCGAGGGAGCAACCCUGCCACUGUUCAAGACCUCAAAGCCUCCAUCCGAGCCUUGAAGAUGGGCUGGAAAGCAGAGAUGUGCCACGGCAGAGAACUGUGCCGAAACACGGGUGGGGUCCAAUUGAUGAUGUGCUUUUGA